GACUUGCAACUCCUCAAGGAAACCGUGUGACGUGGAGUCGCAACUCAAAGAAGAGAAACGCUUCCUGUGUCCGUUUUCGGAACCGUAAGAACAACCCAACCACCAUUUUGGCCUCUUCCCACGCCUCUCUUCCCCAAAUUCCACUACUCUUGGACUCCGUUCAGCCUUCGAUCUCACUCUCUCUGCCUCCCACGCUAUGGCGGCGGCCUCGGAGAAUGCGGCGGGGAUCGACGUGUCGGAGCCAAAGGACCCGUCGCCUUCCGGACUGGCCUCUGACGUGGUGUCUCAGUCCUCGUCGACCGCUCGACCUUCCUUCUCCGCCGACACACCUGAUCGCAACGAUCCCGCCAAUUCCUCUCCUAAUCUUUGUAAAGAUGCCGAAGCUCAGUCUCCAGCCUCAUUGAGGAGUGAAGAGUAUCGACAAUUGUUUCGUCUUCCACCAGAUGAAGUCCUUGUCGAAGAUUUUAAUUGUGCUUUCCAGGAGAAUAUACUUAUUCAGGGUCAUAUGUACCUGUUUGUUCAUUAUAUUUGCUUUUACUCUAACAUAUUCGGAUUUGAGACGAAGAAAAUAAUCCCGUUACAUGAGGUCACUAGUGUACGAAGGGCAAAGACAGCAGGGAUCUUCCCUAAUGCCAUAGAAAUUUUUGCUGGAAGCAAAAAGUACUUCUUUGCAUCCUUUCUGUCCCGUGAUGAAGCUUUCAAGAUCAUAAAUGAUGGAUGGUCGCAAACUAGUAAUGGUGCCAAAGCAGCCACAGAACAUCUGGAAUCAAUAUCUGAAUCAAGCAGCCCAGAGAAUGGAGGGGCUCUAAUUGAAAAGGAUAGCACUAGACGUCCAGCCAAUGAAUUGGACUCUACUGACAGGAAUAAGGAUGCUCCUGUAUUAAAUGAUUCACUGCCUGUCAAUAUUGAAGUUGAGACGGUGGCAGCAACAGUUUCAGAGCAGCCAGAUAACGUAGAGGUAGAUGCUGAACCAGUUGUAAAUUCUGAACCUUCAUCUUCAAAAAAGACUUGGAUAUGGAAGCAGGAGAACUUUGAUGCCCCCAAGAUCCCAGAAUGUUAUACAAAGGUUGCAGAAUCAAAGUUUCAGAUAAAGGUAGAGGACUUCUUUAGUUUCUUUUUCUCAGAUGAUUCUGUCAAUUUCAUUGAAUUGUUUCAUAAAAGAUGCGGGGACAAAGACUUUAGCUGCAGUUCUUGGUAUCCUCAUGAAAAGUAUGGGCAUGCUCGUGACGUGUCAUUUCAACAUCCAAUAAAAAUCUACUUUGGUGCAAAAUUCGGAAGCUGCCAAGAGAUCCAGAAACUUCAAAUUUAUAGAAACAGUCAUUUGGUUAUCGAGACAUCACAAGAAAUCAGUGACGUGCCUUAUGCAGAUUAUUUUCGGGUUGAGGGGCUUUGGGAUGUUGAGAGAGACACUGAUAAAUCGAAAGAACGCUGCAUUUUGCGUAUAUAUGUGAAUGUGGCAUUUUCCAAGAAAACUGUAUUUAAAGGAAAAAUUGUGCAGUCUACCAUUGAAGAAUGUCGAGAGGCUUACGUGGCCUGGAUAGACAUGGCACAUGAAUUGUUGAAGCAGAAGAACCUUGAAAAAAAACAAGAGGGGGUUGCUGCUGAUAUCAUGACUCAGAAUGGUGAAGUUUACUUUGAGAGUGAAGUAAUUGCCGGGGAAUCUUUGGAAAGGCCAUUUGAGUCAAGUGACCAUAUAAGAACGCAACAGACAUCUGAUCCCGUAGAUGCUAAACAAGAAGUUGGCAAGCAAGCAAAUUUUAUUGAUGCUACAUCCCUAGCAUCUUGGGUAAAGGAGUUUAUAGUGAAGUUAGGAUCCUUGAGAAGUCAAAACCAUAUUUUAGUACUCGUGGUUAUGGUUUUUGCUGUGAUUUUCUUGAUGCAGUUGAGCAUAGUUGUGCUAUUAGCUAGGCCCCAACACAUCCAUGUGAACCCUCAGAUGAGUAGCAUGGGCAGUGGAAUCGGUGGAAGAUCAUCUGAAGCAAUGGCUUGGAUGGAGAAGCUAAUUCACCACCUUAAAGAUGAAAUGUACACAGUUGAGGCUCGGCUCGAGAGGAUGCGACAUGAGCUCACACUGUUGAAAGCACAACUGAAAGACCUAGAGCAUCUCAGUAAGCAACAAUAGUCAAUUUGUAUAUCCUUAUGAUUCCUGUCAUGGUAAAAUGUUAUUUUCCCUUCUGUACUCGAAAAAUGUAUCAUACAAAGGAAUUUUGUCAAAUUUGUAUCUGUAUGUACUAGUUCCCUUGUUGAUUACUAGUGAUAAAAUUGGAAGAGGGUUGGCCCAUCA